UCUUUUUCAAAUCUCAUUUCGCCCAAGCUUUCUUUGUUCCAGCACGAAUUGAUUUUGCUUGGUGGCGAUUCCUUCGCAUGUGAAGAUGUUGAUACAAAUCUAGAGCGAAGGCAAGUUGUGAUGAACAAUCAGGAAUCGAAGAGAGAGGAAGAAAGCCAAGAGACAGCAGAGCAGCAGCAGUCCUCGAUGGCCACUUCUGCGGUGGACGGCGUCGCAGCGGCGGCCCUCCGGUCUGUCCUCCACCGUGUCCAGCAAGCGGCUGAGAGGUCUGGACGAUCCUCCGAUCGGAUCAGAGUCGUGGCCGUCAGUAAGACCAAGCCCGUCACUCUCGUCCGCCAAGUCUAUGAUGCUGGCCACCGCUUUUUCGGAGAAAACUACGUUCAGGAAAUCGUCGAGAAAGCACCUCAGCUUCCGGAAGAUAUUGAAUGGCAUUUUAUUGGGAAUUUGCAGAGCAAUAAAGUGAAGCCUCUGCUGACUGGUGUGCCAAACCUGGCCAUGGUGGAGACAGUAGAUGAUGAGAAGAUUGCAAAUCAUCUCAACCGUGUAGUGGCAAACAUUGGAAGAAAACCUUUGAAAAUCUUGGUUCAAGUAAAUACUAGUGGAGAAGAAACGAAAUCUGGAGUCCAUCCAUCUGAGUGCUUGGAACUUGUGAAACAUGUUACUUCAGCCUGCCCAAACCUUGAAUUUUGUGGCCUGAUGACAAUAGGGAUGCCAGAUUAUACUUCAACACCUGAGAACUUCAAGGCAUUAGCAAACUGUAGAAGUGAAGUUUGCAAGGCACUUGGAAUAGCAGAAGAGCAGUGUGAGCUAUCAAUGGGAAUGUCUGGUGAUUUUGAGCUUGCUGUUGAAAUGGGCAGUACCAACGUAAGGAUUGGAUCUACCAUAUUUGGUGCGAGGGAGUACCCAAAGAAGCAAUCAAAUUAGCAAUCUAAAUUCUCUUGCCAAGGGAACCAGCCACCCCCCUUUUUGUAAAUUUUCCAAUUGCAGUUAUACUGUUUCAUGAGGGGAUUAUGGUUAUCUAGUUCCAAACAGCUAGCUUUAUUGAUUUUGAAGGACCACGAUCUGUUAACUUAUCUGGUUCCUCUCCUCUUGAGUGGGCUUUAUAAUGAGGGUUUCUAUUAGCUGUCGAUGUUCUCAAUAUGGAACUUGAUCUGAAAUCUAUAGAAAGCUGGUGUGUGUUUGUAGUCAAAGUAAUGUGUUAACUUUGAAUCUUGACAUCAGAGAUGAUAAUGGGGCAAGGGUUUAGCUUGAAUGGAGAAGCCUUCAUGAUGAAAUUGCAGUACUAUGCUUCAUGUGUUGGCUUGGUCCAUCAGAAAAGCAAAUUACUGAUCCCAGAGAGCGGCUCUCCCUUUCAUCAAGAUUCAAUCUUAUUGUGAAUUUAUAUAUCAAUUUUUGUGUAUU